AUGGAGGAGGACUUCAGGAACGUAAAUGUUAACUUGGAUCAUCAUGUUUUAAAUGAAGUGCAUGUUGUUCAGAUGAAUACACCAAAUGAGAUGUUGCUUAAUAAAAAAAUUAUUCUACUGGAUAAAAUGAAUGAUAUACACCAUGAAGUUGUACCUGAGCAUAACAAAGAAAAUAUGGGUGCUUCUAUAGUGGGGUCUUCAUCGGUGCAAGUUGGUGAAAAUAGUUCCAGAGAUCAUUUUCCAAAGAAGGGUUUUCUCAAUAAUGUUGUGAACUCAAAUCUUCUUCCUAGAAUUGCAGAUCUAAAGAGAUCUGCAAGAGAUAAUGAUAGUGUCAGCUCCAGUGGUAGAGUGUGGAUUGGCUGGGAUCCUUCUGUUAUUCAAGUUUCUUUGAUUCAUUUAUCCUCUCAAGCCAUUUUUGUUGAUGUUUCUUAUGAUUCCAAGUUCAACUUUAUUGCUACCUUUGUGUAUGGUGAAAAUUAUUACCUUUCAAUAGUUAGUCUUUGGGAUUCUUUGAAGGCUUUUGCUAGUUUCAACAGUAAACCUUGGGUUGUUCUAGGAGAUUUCAAUUCUCUACUUUACCCACAUGAUAGGGUGGGAGGAGCUGAAGUGAUGCCUCAUCAUUAUGCUGACUUUCAGAGUUGUACUGAUGCUUCACAUCUGUUUGAUUUUCCUUUCACUGGGAUUUUUGAUCAUUCUCCUGGUGUGGUUUCUAUCUUUGAAAAGAGGAAACAUGCCCCCCCCCCCCCCUUUAGGUUCUACAAUUAUCUUACUGAAGAGGAGGAUUUCAUGAAUCUUAUAAGAAAUAUUUGGAGGGAAUCAGUUAGGGGAAAUCCAAUGUAUGUCUUAGUGACUAAACUUAAGAGAUCUAAUAAGGGUAUCAUCUUGUGGAAGAAAGAAAGAUAUAGGUCAGUCUCUGCUCAAGUUAGUCAAGCUAAGGAGGUUUUAGAUGCUACUCAAAAGUUAUUCCAAGAACAACCUCUCAAUCAAAAUUUAGCAGAGAGAAGAUCAAGAAAUAAUAUUCUCAUGCUUUAUAAUGAUGAAAAUGAAAAACUUGAGGAUGAUAUUUCUAUUGCAAAUGAGUGUGUCUCUUUUUUCUCUUCUCUGUUUGAUUCCCAAACCAAUAGUGGUGAUCAGAGUUCUCAGUUUGAAAACAUUAAUAUUCCUUGUUGUGUUAACCAAGAUGAUAUAUCUGAGCUGGUUAAGGAUGUUUCUAGAGAGGAAGUGGUGAAUGCUUUAGCUUCAAUUGGUUCUAACAAAGCUCCAGGGAUAGAUGGGUUCUCCAACCACUUUCUCAAAGCUUGUUGGGAGACUAUGGGGGAUGAUUUUGUUGCAGCCAUUCAGAAUUUUUUUCUCAAAAUCCAAAUUACUUAG